CUCCCACUUCACUUCCUCCCCAUGGCGUCCUCCUCGCCUCUCGCCGCCCUCGUCCAGGGCCCCCUCGCGCUCCGGCCCGUACUCCCGCCGCCUUCGCCUUCGUCUUCGCGCGGCGUUGCGCGGACGUGGCGGGCCGCGGGGGGCCCCGGACCGCGGCGGCGGGUGGCGGCGGCCGCGGCGCUGGGGGACCUGCGCCCGGCCAUCGACGAGUACCCCGAGGGGAUCCUCUCCGGCGAGUGGCCCGACAACUUCUCCCUCCUCAGCUACGCCGACCUCCGCGCCUACCUCGAGUCGCAGAUCGUCACCACCGACAAGAUGAGCCCGACGGCGAAGCUCGGGGACGUCAUGUCGCGGCCGGUCCAGGUGGCAAUGGCGGACCAGAGGCUGGCCGACGUCGACGCCUUCUUCGCCGCGCAGUCCGGGAUGCCGGUGCUGGACGACGAAGGGCGGUGCAUCGGGGUCGUCUCCAAGAAGGACAAGGCCAAGGCAUCCAAUGGACUUGACUCAACUGUUGGUGAAGUCAUGUCAUCUCCUGCUAUAACCCUGACUCCUGAGAAGACCGUCUUGGAAGCUGCUGCUCUUAUGCUCAAGGAGAAGGUUCACAGGAUACCAGUCGUUAAUGAACAGCAGCAAGUGAUUGGGAUCGUCACUCGCACGGACGUAUUUAAGGUUUUGGAGGCCAGCAAGGUGUAAUAAGAUCCCCGGCAAUGUUAUUAUCAGUAAAUAACCCCGUGUAGGUAUGGAUGCCCGCGAGGGCUGUCGGGGCGUUGCUCUUGUACAUUAAAAUCGUAGCUGUAAAAUUUGGAUGUGCUCAAAGCCUUACUAUGUACUCGUGGUGCCAUCCUUGUCCCUGAACAAGUAUCUUGUGCACAAGUGUUCGAUUGUGAGGCUAGUUACACCUAAGUGAUA